UGUUUGUUGAACUUUGGUUACGCCGGAGGUACUUUGUUUCAAUUGUAGGCGCUAAAAUUGUGCAAAAAAUGUUGAAAUUAAAAUUGCAUAGAAAUAAAUUAGGCUUGGGAUUGGCCAGUAGAGCGACAGCAACCACCACUACGACUCAUGGCAAUCAUUACCAAUAUUUGCAAAAUUCCAAGCUGCCUACGCUUUAUUUUCAACGCUCGUUGCCACGACUGCCAAUACCGCUGCUGGAGAAGAGCUGUGAGCGUUUCUUGGCUGCAGUGCAGCCACUGCUAAGCGAGGCAGAGCUGCAACAGACGCAGCAGCAGCUGGAGCAGUUUCGCCAAGGCAUUGGCAUGGAACUGCAUGCGAAGCUGAAGCUGCAAGAUGCAGCCAACAAGCAUACCAGCUAUAUAUCAGAGCCCUGGUUCGAUAUGUAUUUAGCUGAUCGUGCGCCCUUGCCGCUGAACUACAAUCCGCUGCUGGUGAUGAAGCCGGACGAGCGUCCGCAGUAUCAGCAACAAGUAGCGCGUGCAACUAAUCUAAUCAUUAGCUCGCUGCGCUUUUGGCGUUCACUGCAAGCGCACAAGCUGGAGCCGGAGGUGUUUCACAUGCAGCCGAAAAAAAGCGAUACGGCCAGCUAUCGCCGCUGGAUGUCCAUAGCGCCCAAGGCGUUUGCCACAUACGCUUCCUAUGCCUUCAAAGCGUUUCCGCUGGACAUGAGUCAGUACGACAAACUGUUUGGCACCGCACGCAUACCCGGACUGGGCAAAGAUGAGCUGGUGCAGUCGCCCAAGUCCAAGCAUAUACUGGUAAUGCGACGCGGCAACAUGUACGCCAUGAAUGUGCUGGACAGCAGCGGCUAUAUACACAGCCCUAGCGUUAUAUUGGGACGAUUGCGCGCCAUAAUGGAGCUGGACGCGCAGCGUGAUGCAGCCAGCGUGCCGCUGGGCGUGCUCACCGCAGCACAGCGCGAUGUUUGGGCCCGGGCGCGUGCACAUUUUGUUAGCAAUGGCACAAAUGCGCAGCUGCUGGAGCAGGAAGUGGAUGCAGCGCUGUUUUGCGUUUGCCUGGACAGCGAGCAGGAUGGCGGCUAUGAUGAGGCGAAUCCAACGCCACUGCUGCAUCAUUUGCUGGCGGGCAAAGCCACGAAUCGUUGGUUUGAUAAGUCCAUAUCGCUGCUGAUAAGCGCCGAUGGCACUGCAGCCAUCAACUUUGAACACUCUUGGGGAGAUGGCGUCGCUGUGCUGCGCUACUUCAACGAGCUGUACAAGGAUACGCUGCAGUCGCCCUUUGUCUCGGCCAGCACUCCCCACACGUCCGCCGAAGGCGACAAGCAAAAUGUACGCGUGCUAAACUUUGAAGUUGAUGCGCAAACUGCGGACGCAGUGCAAGCAGCUUAUGCGGAAAACGCACGCAUUGUGGACAGCCUGGACAUGCAGCAGCUGCGCUAUGGCAAGCUAAACAAAGGCACUUGCAAGCAGCACAAGCUAAGUCCCGAUUCUGUGAUACAGCUGUCCUUUCAACUGGCCUAUCGCCAGGCGUUUCAGCGCUAUGUGGGCAGCUACGAAAGCUGCAGCACAUCUGCCUUCAAACACGGACGCACCGAGACCAUGCGCCCCUGCACUAAUGCCACAAAGCAAUUCUGCGAAGCCAUCUUAAGGCCCAGCAACCAGCAGCCGAGUGCAAACGAGCUGCGCGCCAUGAUUGACAAAUGCAGCAGCGUGCACGGGCAGCUCACGAAGGAGGCGGCCAUGGGUCAAGGCUUUGAUCGCCAUCUGUUUGCUUUGCGGCGCAUAGCUCAGACAGAGGGUCUGCCGCUGCCUGCGGUCUAUGAGUGCGACGCUUAUAAACGCCUUAAUCAUAAUAUCAUUAGCACUUCUACUUUGGGCUCGGAUGCGCUGCUUGCCGGCUCCUUUGGCCCCGUCGUUAGCAAUGGACUGGGCAUAGGCUACUCCAUACAAAACGCAUUUGCGGGCGCCAUUGUAACCAGCUAUAAAAAUCAAGCAGAGGGCAAAGUCUUUAUUGAUAGCCUGGAGUCGGCCUUUGACAAAAUUUGCGCUGUUAUAGAACAGAGCGCAAAGAGCAACUAAAUAGCCUUGGAAUCUAUUAACACAGAGCAAACAUUUAGAAUUGUACAUGAUUUACACAUUGCAGUCGUUUAACUCACGCAUGUCGUUUAAUUUAAUUAAGCGCAACUAAAUUUAAGUUGUCAACUCAAACAUAAAUUGUAUAAAUACUUUC